AUGACUUCAGUGGAAGCUCAGCUCAAGGGCGUUGCCAUUCUCGGCCCCCUCAACGAUCAGACUCGCAAAAUCCUCACCAAGGAGGCCACAGCCUUCCUCGCUCUUCUCCAUCGUACAUUCAACGGCACUCGAAAGGCAUUGUUGAAGAGGCGUAUUGACCGACAGGCCGAAAUUGAUAGAGGUGCCCUUCUCGAUUUCCUACCCGAAACCAAGCAUAUCCGUGAAAACGACGCAUGGAAGGCUGCUCCCCCUGCUCCAGGACUCGUUGAUCGCCGUGUUGAGAUUACGGGGCCAACCGAUAGGAAGAUGGUUGUCAAUGCCUUAAAUGCGGAUGUAUGGACCUACAUGGCCGACUUUGAAGACUCCUCCGCUCCAACAUGGGAGAACAUGGUCAACGGUCAAGUUAAUCUGUACGAUGCUAUUCGUCGUCAGGUGGACUUCACCCUAGGCGGCAAAGAAUAUAAACUCCGCACUGAUAGGAAACUCCCUACACUCAUUGCCCGUGCCAGAGGUUGGCACCUUGAUGAGAAGCACUUCACUGUUGAUGGAGAGCCAAUUUCCGGCAGUUUGUUCGACUUUGGUCUUUAUUUCUUCCACAAUGCACAUGAGUUGGUCAAACGAGGUGCCGGUCCAUACUUUUAUCUUCCCAAGAUGGAAUCCCACCUGGAAGCUCGUCUGUGGAACGACGUCUUCAACACUGCACAGGACUAUAUUGGUUUGCCCAGAGGUACUAUCCGAGGAACAGUACUCAUCGAGACCAUCACUGCGGCCUUCGAGAUGGACGAGAUCAUUUAUGAACUGAGGGACCACAGCUCAGGCUUGAACUGCGGAAGAUGGGAUUACAUCUUCUCCUUCAUCAAGAAGUUCCGCAACAACCCUAACUUUGUCCUCCCCGAUCGUGCCUCUGUCACCAUGACCGUACCAUUCAUGGAUGCGUACGUAAGGCUUUUGAUCAAGACCUGCCAUCGACGAGGAGUUCACGCCAUGGGUGGUAUGGCCGCUCAAAUCCCCAUCAAGAACGACCCCAAGGCGAAUGAUAUUGCCAUGGAGAGCGUUCGCGCUGAUAAGCUGCGUGAAGUUCGUGCUGGCCACGAUGGAACCUGGGUUGCUCACCCAGCUCUUGCAUCAAUUGCGUCCAACGUCUUCAACGAAUAUAUGCCCACCCCUAAUCAGAUAUUUGUCCGAAGGGAGGAUGUUCAUGUCACUGCUAACGACCUCUUGAACACCAACGUUCCAGGAAGCAUUACCGAAGCUGGUAUCAGGAAGAACUUGAACAUUGGCCUCUCCUAUAUGGAGGGAUGGCUUCGCGGCGUUGGCUGUAUUCCAAUCAACUUUCUUAUGGAGGAUGCUGCUACCGCUGAAGUUAGCCGAAGCCAACUCUGGCAGUGGGCCAAGCACAACGUUCCCACCGCUGAAGGGAAGAGAGUCGAUAAGGCAUACGCCCUUAAGCUCCUCAAGGAGCAGGCCGACGAACUUUCCGCAAAGGGGCCAAAGGGCAAUAAGUAUCAACUUGCUGCUCGCUACUUCUCCGGCCAAGUUACUGGAGAGGAUUAUGCUGACUUCUUGACCUCAUUGUUGUACAAUGAGAUAUCAGCUCCUGGACCUGCUGUCAAGCUCUGA